AUUUAUCUAAUCAAUUAUAACAACAAAACCAAAGUUUUUAUCAUCAGCUAAAAUUGUUUGUUAAAUUGUAAUUAUGCUGAAAUUAAUCAUCAUUUCUAUUUUGAUUGUUUUGAUGGCUAUUGCUGGUUCUGGUAAUCUUUUUGAAGACGCAAGAGCUUGUGCUAGAAAUAAUUUUAAUUAUUAUACAUGGUGUUAUGAGUGUAAAGCCUAUAAAGGAAAAUUAAGGUAUUUAUGCCUAGAAUGCUGCGAAGUUUCUUUCGCUCUAGCAGAACCUUAUCCAAAAGGUCAAUUAGAAAUAUGUCAAUGUAAAUUUGCUAAAUAUCCUCAUUUUGAAGCAUUUAUAAAAUCUCAUGAACGAAGAAGUAAACAUCCAAAUUUAAGUAUUAUAUACUCAAACAUUACUGAACCUUGGUUACAUCUGUUUAAUGAGAAUGGUAUAUGGAUGUAUGCUAUCACAGCUUUCUAA